AGCUGUUAUUACAAGAAGAUUUAUUUGGAAGGAUAGCUCGUGGACCGCGAUGGGUUGAAUGCGUUAAUGUUGUUUCGUCUGUAGUAGAUUUGGCAGUCAGUUCCAUGUACGUAAAUAAUUUUUUUAACUUAAAGACUAAAAAGUCUUCUUCAAAAAUGGUUGAAAAUCUUCGCGAAGAAUUUUACCGAACUCUUACAAACGCUGAAUGGAUGGAUCCGAUAACAAAGAAAAACGCAUUAGAAAAAGCUGAGGCGAUAGAAGAAUUUGUGGCUUAUCCAGAUGAAUUAUUAGAUUACUCUAUUGUAGAUAAAUAUUAUUCGAAGGUUCAGUUAGAAGAUGACAGUGAUUAUUUUCGAUCUGUAUUACAGUUAAUCAAAUUACGUUGUGAUAAAAGUUUUGAAAAAUUACACACUCCAGUCAACAAGUCUGAUUGGAUAACUCAUGGUCAAGCGAUAACUGUCAAUGCAUUUUAUAAUUUAGUUGAAAAUAGUAUACAGCUUCCUGCAGGUGAACUAUUUCUGUAAUUGUUUACCAAAACACAAUUUAAGUCUCAUAAAGCUAACAAGAUAAACGUUAUCACUUCAAAUUGAGUCAUCCAGUUGCAAAAAAGCGUAUACACAAAAAGUUUCUUUUCCUUUCAUAAUAUUUAAAAAAAUUGUAUAAUUUAAUGAAUACAACAAAUAGAUUACAAUUUUAAAAAUAUGGAUAAAUGUCAUUUGCAACUGAACGAUUCGCGUAAGGUACCUAAAAUGAAUAAAGAAAUGAUAAAGAUAUUUAUAUUUAUUUAUAAAUAAAUAAUUUUAAUUAAUAUUUGAACUGCAGGUGUCUUACAAGGUAUGUUCUUUUCCGCGGAUCGUCCUAACUACAUGAAUUACGGUGGUAUAGGAUAUGUCAUUGGUCACGAAAUAACUCAUGGAUUUGACCAUCAAGGUCGACUAUUUGAUAAAAAGGGCAAUCUACGAGAGUGGUGGCAUCCUGAAACUAGCGAUAAGUAUAUGGUUCGUACAGAAUGCAUGAUUCGUCAAUACAGUAACUACAUUGCAGAUAAAGAAGCGCGACUACGCAUCGAUGGACUUCAUACUAUUGGUGAAAAUAUUGCUGACAAUGGUGGAGUAAUGUUAGCGUAUAAUGCAUAUGGCCGAUGGUUAGCAAAUAAAACAGAGCCUAGAUUACCUGGCUUAUAUGAAUACUCAGGACGACAAAUGUUUUGGAUAAAUGCAGCAAAUAUAUGGUGUUCAGUUUAUCGUCCUGAAACUCUCAAGCAUAUAGUUCUUACUGGUGUACAUCCUCCAGGCCAAUAUCGAGUGAUAGGUACAUUUCAGAACCAACCUGAAUUUGCUAACGAUUUCAAAUGCCCAUUAGGCUCUUACAUGAAUCCGAAAAAAAAAUGCAAAGUUUGGUGAUAAAGCUUAUCCGCAUAAUCAGUGAUUUGACUGAGAAAAAGUAUUGGCCGUAUAUGUAUUCUUUAGUGUGUUUUGUAACGGUAACGUGUAGUCAUAGGAUUCGUUGCUCCACAACUAUAGCUUCGAUUAGGAUUUCAUAUACUAAGAUAUAAAACAAUAUGUUUCAAACU